GGAAUGAUAUUAUACAAAGACAAGAGAGCAUGGAGAGCCCAAAUCACAAAUUUUCGUUUCACAAACUUAGUUUAAAAUAAAAUUUUGGAACUGCAAAUCCACCGUCGGAGUCCGAAAAUAUGUAAACAGAUCCGUCACUUUGCAGAAUCCUCUUCUUCCUCAAUUUCUAAAACCCUAGUGCACAUCAUUCACUAAAACACUAGCGAAAAUGUCGAGCUCAAUUUUAUCAAAAAUGGCUAAAUCAAUCAGAAUCACCAAUCCCACGCUAUCUCCAUCUCAUUCUUUCCGCUACCGUAUGCUUUGUACCAGUGUCGCCACCGCUGCCGAACAAUCUCCCUUAGACGACACCUCCUUCACUUUCUCCAAUGACAACCCUAGAGACGAGCCUGUUUUCGUUAAGGCUCCACGUUCUAAUUCUUCAUCCCGUUCCAGCUCCUCCGUCACGAUGCCCACCUCGUUCAUGACCGGUUCCAUUGUUGGUAAACGAUUUUACCAGAAAGUCACUACCAGGGAAGCGGAUGAUCGGAAUGGAUGGGCGGUGAUGCUUGAUUACCGGACGCUUAAGACUCCUACCAAGAGGCCUCUAAAGCUACCCACUCUCGGCCUCGCCAAGGCAGUUGCUGCUGAGUGGGAAUAUCAGGAAACAGACGGGAUUAGACCCUUCACAAUGCCUCUAAUGAAAUUGGCCUGUACCGCAUUGGAAAGAGUGCCUCUAACCCGGCACACGAUUAUCGAACAUUUGAUCAAGAAAUUCAAUAGUGAUCUGGUUUUCUGUCGUGCUCCGGAGGAAAAUGUUUUAACAAGUGGAGUUUAUGAACGACAAGUGGAGAAAAUCGAUCCUUUACUUGACUGGGUGCAUUCAGAAUUCGGCUUUAAGCCUAUUGUAUAUUCCAGUUUUUUUGGUGGGAACCAGGAGGACGGUCUAAUAAAGGCUGUUGAAGAUCUUCUGAAAAAAACCAACGACUGUGAAUUGGCAUCAAUCGAUGCCAUCGCAUCAGCCGCACACUCUUUAAUAAUUGCUAUUGGAAUUUUCCGUGGAAAGUUGCAGAUCGAAGAAGCAAUUGAGUUGAUUAGACUCGAAGAAGAUCUCCAGGUGGAUAAGUGGGGUCUGGUUGAAGGUGGUCACGAUGUCGAUAUUGCUGAUCUACAGGUUCAGAUCUCAUCUGCCACGGUAUUUCUUGCUCUUUCGAGGAGGGUUUGAGUUCAUUUAUCAGAUUACGUUCUUAUUGUACCCUGAGAGCGUGGAUGGUGGCUUUUUUUGUUUGGUUGUCUCUUGUUGUAGAUCCAAAGGGCCUUCCUAAAUUAUAUUGUAAGACUUUUUUUGUAGGCAUACAAUAGCUGUGAGCAGUUGAGAAAAUAAUUUUAUUUACUGUAAAAGAAUGGAUAGGUUAUUUUCGUAAACAUUUCUCUCUGGCCAAGAAAUAACAAAGUAUUUAGAUGCUUUGUGAGAGUAAAGCGACAUCACAUACAAAGUAAAUGCAUUAGAAGGUUUGUAGAAGAGGUUAUAUUGAAUCCAAUUGAAGUCAUAGUUUAGUAUUGUAGAGAUUGUCAAGGCUCUUGGCAGCAUUGCACACAAAGAGGUGGCUGUUUCCAGAUAUCACAGUUACAGCAGGCAGUGUCACAGUCAUUAUUGCACCCUAACAUUCAACAUUUUCCAAUAUGAGAAAGUUCCUUUGCUCAAUAUUUCAUAAAUGUUAGAUAUGCCUUUUUUGCAAGUGCUACGUCAAUUUUGGUUGCCUCAAAAGUCAAGAUGCUCAUAUAUGCCCUUCUUUUAAUUUACUACCUAUUCUUUCUAUGCUUAGAAGAUGCGAUUCUUUUUAUGGAUUAUCACCACCAGGAGGAUUCAUAUUAAUGGUUGUAUUAUGAAAUUGUUUAUGACUUGAUUUCA